GGUAGAAGGAAGGGGAAGUCCCGCGAUAAAACCUGACGUAUUUAUAUUUUUGAUAUAUGAUAAAAAAAUCAAAGUACAGAGUUUACAAUAAUUUUCGAUAACAUAUAUAUCGGAUAAUAAAUUUUAAUGGAACAUAACUGGAAAGAAACUGACAAGAGUGAUGGUGUACUAAUUAGAAGAGGUCUAGAAAAUCUCAAGUUGGAAAGUAUGGAGGCUCAAAUGGAACAUGAAAUAUGUAAUAAUUGUAAAAAGGAAAUUCCUCAAUCUAACUAUGUCAUGCACAUGAUGCACUGUGCAAGAAACAUCUCAUUGUGCAAAACUUGUAAGGAACCAGUUCCCAAGGCACAGUUUGCAGAUCAUGAACUGUCUUGCAAAAAGCCUGCAAUAAUCAAAAAAUCUCCACCACCAACAGUUUUAGAAAAAAGUUUGUACUUCCAAACUAGAAAAGCUGUUGAAGAUAAAAAAAUUGAAGCUAGAAAAGAACGAUACAUGCAAAAGAUGGAUAGACUGGUAGACUCAGGAUAUAGUCUAAAAGGAAAUUCAAGCUCAGAUAAAUCAGUUCUGCAGGGGUCUGUAGAAAAAAAUGUAUACAAAUCAAACAAUAGCUGUGAACCUAGUGAUUUGAAGCAAAUUAAUUCUCAAAGGACAGAAAUUAAAAGAGACGUUCCAGUGAAAAAGAUGGAUUCAAACUCUACUGCUACAAAUCCAACGAAGAAACCUGAAUCGAAGCCUUCUGGAAUGCUAGCCUGUAAAUUUUGUGACCUUGAAUUACCCAAAUUAGAUCUUGAAGAUCACGAAAAUUAUUGUGGAACCAGAACUGAUAAAUGUUUGGAAUGUGGAGAAUUAGUUAUGUUCAAAAACAAGCAGGUUCAUCUGGACUCCAACCAUGGGUUUGUAAAACUGACUGACGAACCAGGUCCAAGGCCCUCUUGGGAUUCUGUAACUCAGCGUAGUAGCACAAAUAUAGAUUCUCCCAUAAGAAGAAGGCCUCCACCUUUUAGACCAAUAACUGAUUUUGAUUAUGACCCUAUGCCAUACUUGCCGUCAAGCUAUCAAGUUCCAGGGAGUGGAGCAAAGAAAAAAGAAGGUGAAAGUUACAAAGAGAUUUCAAGAAGAUUAGACUGUAAAACUGAAUACAUAAGGAACCUUCUACAUGAUUCAGCUGGUAUAACAGUACCAUUGAGGCGCAGCGGGGCAGUACCUAGAAAUCAUUUCAAUCAUAACAAAGGCCCAGCCCCGGAACCGCCAUCCUACAGAAGGCGCAAUCCUCCAACAGAACUGGUUAUCCCAUGUGAAUUUUGUGGAGUUCCAGUUCCUCAUGAAGAUUUGAUUCAGCAUGAAACUGGAUGUCGCCCAGAUUUAGCAAGGUUCAAUCCCCGUAGAAGAUCACCAGAACCUGAUGACUAUUUCAUCGCACCACAGCCUAGUUCACCUGAAGUUGAACUACCUUGUGAAUUUUGUGGAGAUAUGAUUCCUGCUUCACAGCUAUUGGGCCAUCAAGUUAGGUGUUCGUAAAUUUUUUAUUAGAAGUUUUAUUGUCAUUGUUAUUAUGUUCUUGAACCCCUAUUUCAAUUUUUCAAUUUGUUACAGUGUUGAAAAAUAUCAUUUUGGAGCACUUUUUUUCUUCUUAUAUUCCAUAUUUUGGAGGAUUAUAAUUACAUUGUAAUAUCAACACACAUCAAUGGAAAUAACUAUAUUGCUCCAGGACCGUUAUUGAUCAACUUAGCUAAUGACCAAAUAUUUUUUCUUGAUAUUGGUUGAAUGUAUUCAUUGUAUUCAUUCUCAUGUAUCAUAAGAGAAAUAGUUGCUUUUUAUUCUUUCAUUUUAAAUAAUAAAUAUAAUCUUUGAAAAAAA